GCGAUACCACAAACACGAAGCUCUCAUUUCAUUCGAGGAAGCAAACGGAGCGAGCAAGAUGCAGAUAUUCGUGAAAACCCUAACUGGGAAGACAAUAACUCUCGAGGUUGAGAGCAGUGAUACCAUCGACAAUGUCAAGGCCAAGAUCCAGGACAAAGAAGGCAUUCCACCUGACCAGCAGCGCUUGAUCUUCGCUGGAAAGCAACUUGAAGAUGGUAGAACUUUGGCUGAUUACAAUAUCCAGAAAGAAUCUACUCUCCAUUUGGUGCUAAGGCUUAGAGGAGGGAUUAUAGAGCCAUCUCUUAUGGCUUUGGCUCGCAAAUACAACCAAGACAAGAUGAUUUGCCGCAAGUGUUAUGCUCGUCUGCAUCCAAGGGCUGUUAACUGCAGGAAGAAGAAAUGUGGCCACAGCAACCAGUUGAGGCCCAAGAAGAAGAUCAAGUAGACUCUGAUGGAGAGUGCUUGCUGGGCAUUUGAAGAUUUUUGUGUUAGAUUUGAACCUUAUUGUACCUUUAUCGUUGUUUUGAACAUGUUAGAUUUGGAUUUAGCACGCCACUAGGUGGCUAUUUUUAUUGAAUGCUGUUAAAUGAAUCAGUUUUUAUACUUGGAAAUUAUUUGGACAUUUUGGAA